GGCCUGUGACCCUGAGAGGUUGCCGUCGCGCAGUGCGUGGAUAAGUCGUCGCGCGUGCGCAGACGCUCGGAGUAGAGGCCUGCCGGAAGCCAAGAUGGCGCCUACGUGGUGUUCAGGCCGCAGUUGGCGCCUUAUCGGUAUCUAAACGGGGUGUUUUGGAAGGGACUGAGGCAAACGCCUUCUCUGCCGCCAUGGCCCGGCAUCGGAAUGUCCGUGGCUAUAACUAUGAUGAAGAUUUUGAAGAUGAUGAUCUCUAUGGCCAGUCUGUAGAGGAUGAUUAUUGUAUUUCUCCAUCAACAGCUGCUCAGUUUAUUUACUCACGACGUGACAAACCUUCUGUUGAACCUGUAGAAGAAUACGAUUAUGAAGAUCUAAAAGAGUCUGCCAAUUCUCUUUCUAACCAUCAACUGAGUGGAAUUGAUCAAGCUCGACUUUAUUCAUGCCUUGAUCACAUGAGAGAGGUACUUGGUGAUGCUGUGCCAGAUGAAAUACUGAUUGAAGCAGUUCUGAAGAACAAGUUUGAUGUGCAGAAGGCUUUGUCCAUGGUUCUGGAACAAGAUAAUGUGCAGAAUUUGAAGGACAAGAGUGAGGAGGCAUUAUCUACAGGAAGGAUAGAAAAAGGAGUCUUAUUUUCUUCCUCUGACAUUUCAGCCAAUAAUGUUCAAAGUUCUUAUCCUCAAACAGCAAAUCAUUUGGAUUGCAAUAGGAAACCCUUUGAUUUUUCUAGCUCAGUAGCAAAAUAUGGAUUAUAUCAUAAUUCGUUAGUUCCAAGUCACUAUUUACAUCAUAGAAAAAAGAAACUUGACAGACCUAAAAGUGAAAAGAAACUAGAAUCAUAUAAGUUUCACCAUCAACUUGGCAUGUUUCCCCCCAUGUUAGCCCCAUUGGAUUUGUACUACCAGAGCAUUCUUCAUUAUGUAUAUUUGAAACAGAUUUGCAUGACACUUAAUUUGAAAACAGUGGGUUCAAGGCCAGGAAAAUCAGUGGGUUCGCAGUCAUCUCGAACUGAAUCUGAAAUUGUGCCGAAAGUUGCUAAGAUGACUGUAUCUGGAAAGAAGCAAACUAUGGGAUUUGAAGUGCCUGGAGUAACUUCUGAAGAAAAUGGUCAUAGUUUCCAUACACCUCAAAAAGGACCACCUGAUGAAGAUGUUGCUCCUUCUGUUCUUGAGAUGAUGUCUAAAUCAGCACUUCCACCCCACACCAUUCAAUCAUCAGAAGAGCAGAGUUCAUCACCAACACCAGUGAAAAAGUCUGGCAAGCUGAGGCAGCAAAUAGAUGUGAAAGUAGAACUGGAGAAGCGGCAAGGAGGGAAACAGCUCCUUAACUUAGUGGUCAUUGGUCAUGUUGAUGCUGGAAAAAGUACUCUUAUGGGCCAUUUGCUUUACCUUCUGGGCAAUGUAAACAAAAGAACUAUGCAUAAGUAUGAGCAGGAGUCUAAGAAGGCUGGCAAAGCUUCCUUUGCAUAUGCAUGGGUAUUGGAUGAGACUGGUGAAGAAAGGGAAAGGGGAGUGACAAUGGAUGUUGGUAUGACAAAGUUUGAAACCAAAACCAAAGUUAUUACAUUAAUGGAUGCUCCAGGCCAUAAAGAUUUCAUUCCAAAUAUGAUUACAGGAGCAGCCCAGGCAGAUGUAGCUGUUUUAGUUGUAGAUGCCAGCAGGGGAGAGUUUGAAGCUGGGUUUGAGACUGGAGGACAAACACGAGAGCAUGGCCUCCUGGUCCGUUCCCUCGGAGUGACGCAGCUUGCAGUUGCAGUCAAUAAAAUGGAUCAGGUUAAUUGGCAACAGGAAAGGUUUCAAGAGAUUACUGGAAAACUUGGGCACUUUCUUAAGCAAGCAGGUUUUAAGGAGAGUGAUGUAGCUUUUAUCCCUACAAGUGGUCUCAGUGGUGACAAUCUAGUCACAAGAUCUCAGUCAAGUGAACUCACAGAAUGGUAUAAAGGGCUAUGUUUAUUAGAACAAAUUGAUUCCUUUAAGCCUCCCCAACGAUCUGUUGACAAACCUUUUAGAUUAUGUGUAUCUGAUGUUUUCAAAGAUCAAGGAUCUGGAUUUUGUGUAUCUGGUAAAAUUGAAGCUGGUUAUAUUCAAACUGGUGACCGACUACUAGCAAUGCCUCCUAAUGAAACUUGUACUGCAAAAGGAAUCACGCUGCACAAUGAACCUGUUGAUUGGGCGGCCGCGGGCGAUCAUGUUAGUCUUACUUUGGUUGGGAUGGAUAUCAUCAAAAUCAAUGUUGGCUGCGUAUUUUGUGGUCCUAAAGAACCCAUAAAAGCUUGCACUCGUUUCAGAGCCCGAAUCCUCAUCUUUAAUAUUGAAAUUCCUAUCACUAAAGGAUUUCCUGUGCUGUUACACUACCAAACUGUCAGUGAACCCGCCAUUAUUAAACGAUUGAUUAGCGUCUUAAACAAAAGCACGGGUGAAGUCACAAAGAAAAAGCCUAAGUUGUUGACUAAAGGCCAGAAUGCAUUGGUAGAGCUACAGACGCAGCGGCCCAUAGCUCUGGAGCUGUACAAAGACUUCAAAGAGCUGGGGAGGUUUAUGCUGCGUUACGGUGGUUCCACGAUAGCUGCCGGUGUUGUCACUGAGAUAAAAGAAUGAUGGGUCAGAAUUUCUACUAUGUGCCCAAAUGCAAUGGAAUAGCUAACCUCUGUGUUGAAGGAUCCAGUUAUUAAGUUAAAGGAACAAUGUGCAAUUAAUAUUUUUUUAGAUAAGAGAGAAGAUUUAAGCUAUAAUUAUCUGUUAAUAAGCACUCCUGCAAAAAGUUCAAGUUGCCAACGGGUAAACAAAGGCUAAUAAUGUACUUUCAUUUAAAAACCAGCUUUUUCUUUGAAGUGUUAGUAAAUGGAUUCACUUCCCUGAGAGUUAUGGGGAGUAUCAGUAUUAGAAGAUAUUGAAUUAUCAUGAAACGAACUCUACUUCCAAUCAAACCCCAAAUAUUUGCAUUUUUCUCUUUUGAUUCAACUAUACUACACGUUUUAAGGAAAAGUAACCAUAUUGGAUUUUUGAGGUAGUUGCUAUUUGACCUGAGCACAUUUUUAGUUAACUCUAAGAAAAGAUUUGUUGAAGGUUAUAAUGAAGGUAUUUUGUGUUGAGUGUAAGAAUGUCCCUCCUUUAGGUUAACUUCUGAAAGCUUAAUCUGGAAUUGGUGGAAGCUGUUCCUUUGGUGACCAAGACAUUAUUUAAGUUGUAAAGCAAGCAAAUAAAAUGGCUUAGUUUGAGCCUCAU